AAAAUAAUAACUCACCUGUUUAAUUCCCCACAGAUCAUCUUCUACGAGGACAGGAACUUCCAGGGUCGGCACUAUGAGUGCAGCACCGACUGUGCCGACCUGUCCCCUUACUUCAGCCGCUGUAACUCCAUCCGUGUGGACAGUGACUGGUGGGUGGCGUACGAGAGACCCAACUACAUGGGGUACCAGUAUGUCCUGAACAGGGGGGAGUAUCCUGACUACCAGCGCUGGAUGGGAUUCAACGACUGUGUCAAGUCAUGCCGCAGUUACCCUCAGGUGCGAGGCAACUACAGGAUGAAAAUUUACGAGAGGCCUGACUUUGGAGGACAGAUGAUGGAAUUCAUGGACGACUGUCCCUCCGUCUACGAUCGUUUCCGUAACCGUGACAUUCACUCCUGCCACGUGAUGGAUGGUUACUGGAUCUUCUAUGAACAAGCCAACUACAGAGGCCGACAGUACUUCAUGAGACCCGGGGAGUACAGGAAAUACAAUGACUGGGGCGGAUACAACUCCACCAUCGGGUCUUUCAGGCGCAUGAGGGACUUCUAAUUCCUCUUUGCAAAAUAGAUUUUGUCACAAUGACAGAUUUCAGAAUAUAAUAAAACAUGCUAACUGUUAUAUUUUGACGUGCUUUUGUGUCACUUCCACUACUCCUCUGAAGAUGCACAUUACGGAAUGGGUAAAAGAUGUUUAGAUUAUCUUGGAGAACGAGAGAAUGCACCAAACAAACGAUUUCACACCAAAAUCCUUAUGUAACUCAGUCAGCUGUUCAUUUGGAUGCUUCCCAGCCCUUUUAAUGUAAAGUAGCUGGUAGAUCACAAAUUAAGCAAUUGUAUGAGUAAAUAUGAAGAACAUAGUUUGAUCACAUAGGCCCUUGCCCUUAACAUUAGGGAAGUU